CACAAGUUACGCUGCGCUGUAGCCGGGGUGGUCGGAAGUGAAAGUAGCGGCGAUCCAGGCUGGAUGAGCCGUCAUUCAUUCAUUGCCUGUCUCUGGCCACUGUGAUUGGGUUAUUGAUUUGGGGGCAGCAGAGACAUGGCAGUAAGCGGCUGAUGUGAUCGCUGCAGCUGGAUGGACACAGGGUUACUCUGCUUCUAGUGUGUGCUCUGCCCUCCGGUAACCCCCUCCCCAUUCAUUACAUAGAUCGCUCAUUUCAUACCUGAACACAAUGUGGGCCAGAACCCUGUGUGUGGGCCUGCUGGCCUUCACUGUGGGUCUGAUCCAUCAUCUCCAGCCUGACCUGUCUGAGGCUGCCCUGGAAUACCUCUCCUCCUCCCUGCAGAGUCUUUCCACCUGGGAGACCUCUUCAAGUCCAUCAUUUGAAGAAGCCCUGUCUGCUGCCUGGGACCAAGUCAUCACUGCCCCCACCAGACACUGGGGGAAGGUAGCAGUGGGAGUGAAUGCAUGUGUUGACGUGGUACUUUCAGGGGUGAGCCUGCUGCAAGCUCUAGGACUGCACCCCCAGUCUGGCGGAGAUCACUCAGUCCUCACCUCUCAAGAGGAGCUAGCGGCUACAUUCCUGCACUACAUGCAGCAGGGAGCAGCGGCUGAACGCUUCUAUAGUGAUGCAGACAGCUUCCAGCACAUCUCCCAUACUGCCUCACAGAACCCAGAUGCCAAGCAUUUUGUUGGUGGAAAUGCUGCUCUUAUCGCUCAAAGAUUGGCUGGCCACCCAGAUAUGGAGGUUCUUCUUUGUGGCCCAGUAGGCCCUAAACUUCAUGAACUGCUAGAUGACCGUAUUUUGGUACCUCCAGCCUCAUUACAAGAGCAGGAUGAAUAUCAUCUGAUCUUGGAAUACAAAGCAGGAGAGCAGUGGGGCUCGGGACGUGCUCCAGCCGCCAGUCGGUUCAUUUUUUCCCAUGACUUGUCCAAUGGUGCCAUGACAUCAUUGGAGGUUUUACUUUCAAGCCUAGAGGACUUCCAGCCCAAAUUAUUGGUUCUCUCUGGAUUGCACAUGAUGGAAGGAUUAAGUCAGGAGAAAAGAGCCAGUCGUUUACAUGAGGCUGCCAGUGCUUUGUCAGAUGUUCCUUCAGAUAUCCUUAUUCAUUUGGAGUUGGCAAGUAUGACAGAUGGAGACCUGAUGAGAGGAAUCAUCUACCAGCAGGUCCUCCCUCUGGUAAGUUCUCUUGGACUCAAUGAACAAGAGCUCCUGUUUCUGACCCAGUCAGCAGAUGGGCCUCAUUCCACCUUGUCUGCCUGGUCCGGAGUUCCAGAUGUCGGAAUAGUGAGUGACAUUUUGUUUUGGAUGCUUCAUGGUUCUGGUAGUGAAGGCUCUAGUCUUACCAGAGUCCACUUUCACACACUGGCCUAUCAUAUUAUUGCCACUAUUGAUGGCUUUUGGGGAAACCAGGUUUCAGCAGUAGCUGCAGGUGCCCGGGUUGCUGGAGCUCAGGCGUGUGCCAGUCAAACAAUUGACCCUUCAAGAGUAAUGCUUAAAAGCCCAUUGGAGUUUAUGACAUCGCGAACAGAGACUGGUUUUAUAGCUAGGGUUACUGCUAAGGAACCAGUAGCAGUGUGGAGUAAAGGAGGAGUGACCUUCCAUUUUACACCUGUCCUGAUCUGCAAGGAUCCAGCUCGGACAGUAGGGUUGGGAGAUGCUAUAUCAGCAGAGGGACUCUUGUUUUCGGAGUCCAAAACCCAGUAAGGAAACAACUCUGCACUACAGGAACACAGGCGACAUCUGGUGCUGUCAACACAACUGCGACUGUUCCUAUUUAUAGGGGUCAGAAAAUCCAAAUCCUUUAUAUGCUAGUACGUUACAGAAAUGUUACAAAUGUUACACAUUAAAUAAGUAAUUUAUUCACUAUGUAAAUCGUUUUGCAUCCCAAACCUUAAAGGGAACCGGUCACCUGGAUUUUGGGUAUAGAGCUGAGGACAUGGGUUGCUAGAUGGCCGCUUGCA